ACAAAUAUCUUUUCAUUUUAAUCAGUUCUACGAGAUCUUUGGAUAAUUUUUUCUCUGCCUCAUCUCCACUUUACUCUUUGGAAUUGUAACCAGCAAAAACGAGUGUCUAGAAUUAAAUAAUGGUGUGAAAUUAUUAGAAAUUUAACAAUUAUAAUAAAACAAUUUGAAGAAAUAAUAUCAAUAAUAAGUUAGUUUACAGAAGAUAACCUAUAAAUAAUGGAUGAAUAUUCAAGAGAACCGUGCCCUUGGCGUAUAUUAGAUGAUUCCGGUGGUGCUUUCAUUAUGGGAGCUAUCGGAGGUGGCAUAUUUCACUCCAUUAAAGGUUUUAGAAAUGCUCCAGUUGGUUUCAACAGGAAAAUGCUUGGAAGUUUAGCUGCAAUUAAGGAACGAUCACCAAUAGUAGCUGGUAACUUUGCAGUAUGGGGUGGCAUGUUCUCCACAAUAGAUUGCUCUCUUGUAUAUUUACGGCAAAAGGAGGACCCUUGGAACUCUAUAAUGAGUGGAGCGCUGACUGGAGGCAUCCUGGCUGCGAGAAAUGGUGUACCAGCAAUGGCUGGCAGUGCUUUAGUAGGUGGUAUCCUACUGGCAUUGAUUGAAGGCAUUGGAAUAAUGUUCACCAGACUAUCUGCCGAGCAAUUUAAACCACAACAGCCCAUAUUCGAAGAUCCCUCAAUAUUAGGACAGAGUCAAGGGCAGAGUCAAUCCUUCCAAUAAUGAAAUGUUAGUUUAGUUUUAAAUUUGAUUAAAGUGUACAAUGGAAGUUAAAAAUGGGUAAACAAAUCUUAAGAAAAUUAUUGAUAAUUUAUUUUUUAUGUAAAUAAAAAUAUUAUUCGUUUGUAUAACUCAGUGGUAAAGGAUAACUAAAGAUUUGUUAUUUAGAUAAAUACUUUUUCAAUUUUGCUUUCAUUUCAUAGUAUUUAAUCGGUGAAUGGUAUUUGAUUGUUUUUUUUAUUCUACUUUGCUUUUGUGUUAUAAAAUAGGUUGUAAAACUAAGUCGAGUUGAAUUUAUUUAGUGGUUUCGAACUUGUUAUUCAGAUAUGACAUGAGAUUAUUUUGUUAGAUUUGUUUUCCCAUUUUGAAUAUAUUUGAGUGAAGAAUUAUUUUCUGUGAUAUUAUCAGUUGCCAGCUGAUUGCUUAUGCUCACUCAAUGAAUAUUCAAUUUUAUCAUAAUUGUUUAUGGUAAAGAAUUGAAUAGUUAUCACAAAAAUGUCUAUGUCAUAUUGCAAGCAAAUGAUUCAACAUAUUUAUUUGUUUCCCAUAUUGUUGAUCUUGUAUGUUUUGUAGAUUAGAGAUUUAUGUUGAUUAUAGUUGAGAAGAUUUAUUUACUCCAUCUUCCAAUUUAUAUCACAUAAUAUCUCAAUUAUUCUAUAAAAACAUAAAUUGCAUGCAAUAUGGCAUAUAUGUUAUUUUUUUUAAUUAGAAUAAAAAUUGGUUUUAUACAAGUGUUUUAUUUGACUUAAUACCCUAUUUUUAGUUGUAUGACCUAAUUAAGGAUAACAUGGAUCGAUCUGGUUGCAUAGUUUACAAAAUAUAAGAGUGAAAUAACAGAUACAGGAUUAGUUUUAGCAGAAACAAAGUAAGCAGUUAACUAUCUGUGGGUUUCGGAGAUCAGAAUACCUGUUUAAAACAUAUUAUCUUUGUUUGUCAAAGAUAACAGGAAUGACCAUAUGUUUUAUACAGAGUUUUUAAUCUUCGAAACCAAUGCUAUGACAAAUCAUUAUUCAAUAAC